AUGAAAACGUUUUGUUACGGUCCUGUUGAGAAUGACCCGUUGCGUUCAAUUGACUUUUACGAGUCAGAAAAGAAGAGUCAAGUUCCACUCUUUGUACUUCAUCCGGAUCAUAUGCUGGAUGUAGGGAAAGCCCUCGAGUACCUCUACAAGACACCUAAUGCUAGCUACGAUCACGAGAAAAUCUACAUGAUUGGGCAUUCUGCCGGUGGACACAUGGCCACGAUGUUUAUGGUGGAUACUUCCUUACCCUAUCAUCGUUAUUUGGCGGGCAUUGUGAGUAUAUCGGGUAUUCACGAUAUUCCUUUACUGGUAAAGACAUUUCCUUCUUAUUUGGAUUUCAUUGAACAAGCAUUUGGUCCAGACAAUCACCAUGAUGCUUCACCUGUCAGUAAAUUCUCAGGGGAACUAAAGAAGGGGAAACCCAUUGUGAUUGCCCAUAGUAUGCAAGAUACACUUGUCAAUCUUGAACAAGCGCAUGUCAUGGUAAAUCAUUUAAAGUCGAUGGGUGCUAAUGUUACCUUGGAUACGAGUAUCGUUGGAGAUCAUUACGAUAUCAUGAACAAGGGGAACUUGAUUCCACUUUUGUCUUUUAUAUCCAAUUGUGACGUCUGA